AUGGCAAGAAGAAUUGUGUCUUCUCUAGUCUUCAACUUCAUCUUCCUUAAUCUUUUCAGUUGUCUGCUGGUUUCUAGCUCUCAUUCAGACAGUGAUGGUCGGAAGACUUAUAUUGUGUACAUGGGGAGCAAACCAGAAGAUACCAGUUCUACUCCUUUGCAUCACAGGUCAAUGUUGGAACAAGUUGUUGGUAGCUCUUUCUCCCCGAAACAUUUGCUUUAUAGCUACAAGAGAAGCUUCAAUGGAUUUGCAGUGAGACUCACUAAAGAAGAAGCUCAAAAGAUUGCUCUGAAGGAGGGUGUGGUUUCGGUGUUUCCAAAUGAAAAGAAACAUGUUCAUACAACAAGAUCAUGGGAUUUCAUGGGUUUUACACAUAAUGUUCCUCGUGUAAACCAAGUUGAAAGCAAUAUAGUUGUCGGAGUACUAGACACCGGAAUUUGGCCGGAGUCCCCCAGUUUCAACGACGAAGCUUUUACCAUGAAUUCCAAACUCAAUAAACAAGCAGAGUUUGCAUAUGGUGCAGGCCAUGUCAACCCACUCAAGGCAAUAAAUCCAGGGUUGGUUUACAACGCAAGUGCAAGCGACUACAUUGAUAUGUUGUGUGGCCAAGGUUACACCACUGCCAUGGUUCGACUUAUUACCCACGACAGCAGUGCUUGUACUUCCACCAACACUGGAAGAGUUUGGGAUCUAAACUAUCCUUCUUUUGCACUUUCCACAACUCCUUCAGAAUCCACCAAUCAAUUCUUUACUAGAACUCUCACAAACGUUGAACUAAGAGCAUCCAUAUAUACUGCUACGGUUUUUGCCCCACCAGGCUUGAGGAUCACAGUGGAUCCUUCCGUUCUUUCAUUCAAUGGAAUUGGAGAGACCAAAUCUUUCAGGUUAACCGUUCAAGGAACGGUGAGCCAAGCCAUAGUGUCGGCUUCUCUGGUUUGGAGUGAUGGUAUACAUGAUGUAAGAAGUCCUAUUAUAGUCUAUGUUCUCAACAAACCUUAG